AAAGAUUGAAAAACAAGAAUUAUCGAUUCCUCUAUAUUGCCCUUUAUCAAGUACAGUUUAAUCUAAAAUACUAAACACGUUUUUCUAUUGUUGUUCCAUUUGUAAUUUUCUUCAAAUGGCACAAGUUAUUCAGUACCAAAUCAGAACAAUCCGUUGAGUUGUUUACGUUGAACGCGAUAAAACAAUAGUAACGUAAAAUUCUAUUUUUAUAUAACUGGAUCUGCUCGAACAUUAAUAACGCAAAAGUGUCGUAUUUUUGUAAUUAAUACAUUUUUAGGUUUAUUUUGGAAUCAUUUAAAUCGUGUAUAUUUCUAUCGAUUAAAGUGUAGUUUAUAUUAUUAUAAAUGAGUGAGAAACAAAAGGUGUUAAUUUGCGGAGAUGUGGAGGGCCACUUCAAAUUUUUGUUUAACAAAGUUGAAGCCAUCAAUAAGAAGAGCGGACCGUUUGAUUUUCUAUUAUGCGUUGGAAACUUUUUUGGUGAAGAUAAUAUUGAACUCGAGGUGUAUAAAAAUGGCGCAAAAAAUAUCCCGGUUCCAACGUACAUUAUUGGCGCCAAUAGAGAAAUUGAUUUAGAAAAUUAUCCAGACGAGGAUGGUUGUGAGAUAUGUCAAAAUCUUACCUAUCUUGGAAAACGUGGAGUUUAUACUGCCAGUUCAGGGUUGAAAAUAGCUUAUGUUAGCGGUAUGGAAAGCAAUUCAGCUGAAUCAAAGCCCACCUGUUUUAGUGAAAGUGAUGUUAUAUCAAUUAAGAAUUCUUGCUUAAGAGGCCAACCCAGUUUUCGUGGUAUUGAUAUAUUGUUGACUUCUCCUUGGCCUGUUGGUAUAACAAAUUUAGACCCAAAUAAACCAAAUUUUACAUAUCGGGGUUCUAAGUUGAUCGCAUGGUUGGCUGCACAAGUGAAGCCUAGAUAUCAUGUUUCAGCAUUAGAGGGAAUUCAUUAUGAAAGACCACCUUAUAGAAAUCAAAGUCAGCAAGAUGGUAACAUUGAAAUUGCAACAAGAUUUAUAGCACUUGCACCUGUAAUGAAUACUCAGAAAAAGAAAUGGCUGUAUGCAUUAAAUUUGACUCCUGUGGACAGGACACGUUUAUCCGACUUGGUUAUGAAAACUACAGAUGAAACGGAUAGUCCAUAUCCUAAAUCAAUGUUAUUUAAUCAGCCUUCUUCACAAAAAAUAGAACCAAAACGCACACAGUUCUUUUAUGACAUGGAUUCUAAAGAAAUUACAAAAAGAUCAAGGUAUUCAGAUGGACCUGUUAAGAGACCAAAACCAGAAUUUGAUCAAGCAAAAUGCUGGUUUUGUUUAUCAAGCCCUGAAGUUUCUAAGCAUUUAGUAAUAUCUGUUGGAUCAGAGGUUUAUGUUGCCCUUGCUAGAGGUGGAUUAGUCGAAGAUCACUUUUUGGUUCUACCAAUAACACACCACCAGAGUCUUUCUAUCUUGCCAAAAGAGGUAAAAGAAGAAAUGGAUCUAUAUAAAAUUUGUAUAACAAAAUACUAUGCUACUAUGGAUAAAGUACCUGUAUUUUUUGAACGUAAUUACAAAACAUCCCAUUGUCAAUUGCAAGUUAUACCUGUUCAUAAAAACUUAGCACCUGGUCUGAAGGAAAUGUUUGAGGAAAUGGCAGAAUGUAAUAAUUUUAAAAUAAGCGAACUGCCUAUGCAUACAGAUUUGCAACAAAUUGCCAAACCAGGCGUACUAUAUUUUUAUGUGGAAUUGCCAGGUGGAGUGAAACUAUAUCAUAGAAUUAAAAAAGAUUUUCCACUUCAAUUUGGAAGAGAAGUGUUAGCAUCCGAUAGAAUUUUAGAUAUCAAUGACAGAGUUGAUUGGAAGGAUUGUCAGAUGGAUAAAGAAGAGGAAAUCGAACUAGCAAACAGAAUUAGAAAAGAGUUUCAACCGUUUGAUUUAGAUACUUGAAAAUAGAAGCAACAUCAAUGAUUUUAUACUGUAAUAUAUGUAUAUACAUUUACGUACGGACGAUUUUAUGAAAUACACAAAAAAAAGUAAUUUAUUACAGAAUGUAUUAUUAUAAAUACUAUAAUUUACUACGGAAUAAGAAUAAU